CAUGGAGCUUUUGUGUGUGCAGAGAUAAAACCAGCAAGGUCGAUAGUUCCUAAGGGAACAGAAAUAUUCCUGAGUGCUAGAGGGUCAUGUUCACUAGAACGGCCAAAAACAGAGAAAGGAAACUCAGUGAAAAGCCGAAUGACCUCACCCAGUCUCUUCCUGCAGAAUUCCUAG